UCCCGGAUAUAAUAAAGUUGGCCGCGAUCCAUUCUCCCUUCCUUCAUUGUUUGCGCGAAGGUUAGAAGAGGACAGCAAAUCUGGCUCUGUUCUGUGUUCCGGUAAAGCAGCGCUUAUCAUCGGAUUCUUCGGAUGUUGUGAAUGUAAGUCGCCAGUACACUUUGCAUGUAUCAUAGAACCAGAGCUUCCUCCGUCCAUUAUCCGAUCGCUAAGAAGACCAAGGACUCUAGCAAUGGGAUGAUAAAUCUGGCGGAGGUCGGAGGUCCACCACCUCACAUUAACGGCGGGCCAGCGGCAGGCUUGCCACACAUGAUGCCAACACCGGUAGUUGCCGGUGCCGGUAUCGCCAUGAUGGGUCAACAUCAUCAACAACAACAGCAACAGCAGCAACAGUCUCAUCCACAACAGCGUCUGGUUGGUGGGGCUCCCCAUCAAUUGCCCCCAUCGGGCAUGCAUCAUCCUCAUGGGCCACCUCCACCACCACCAGGGGUCGGAAUGGGUGGGCCACCACCGCCACAUCAUCUAGCACCGGGUGUCGGUGGUACUGGUGCACCCCAGAAUCGUACUUCGGCACGCGAACGGACCAUGCAUGCCGUUGAGUACUACAAAAGUAACGUUCGACGGGCGCGUGUUGAGGCGGGUCUGGCACGGAAUUCGCUUCACGAGCGAUACUCCUACGUCCAGCGACAGAUGGCAACGAUGGGCAAUGGGAAUGGUGUGAUCGGGACCAAACUUUCCCCUCACGGACACACCGAUCAUCUCUAUCGAAGCAAUUCGAGCCUGGAGCUAAUACACGACCACAGUAGUGCUGGUGGCAUACCGGAUCACCUUCAUCCAGGCGGGGGAACGAAUCUAAGGCGCGAGUACGGUAGCCACGGUUCAAUCGAUGUGAUCUCAUCCGACCGGCAUCCACAUCACCAUCAUCACCAUCCGGGUCAGGGUGCAACUCCGAGUGCAGGUGAAAGCUUCCUUACGAUGCUACAAGAGUACCAACCGUUUGGGCUGGAUGGGUCCUCACUACUGUACUCGCUAAACAAACAUCACACAGGGCAUGGACAUGCCAAUGGAGGAACGGCUGGAGCUACGAAUCCAAUCACCCUUACCGGUGAUGAUGUGGUCGAUCGAGGCGGCAACUCAAGUCCAAAGUUGAGAAAUAAGUUCCACCGGCUAUGGGGUUCAAGUAACGGAGCUGGUGCGGCGGGAAGUAAUGGUUCUGCCAAUGGAAAACAAUCGCGACAAGGGACAAAUGGAGGUCCUGCCACCACAACUGCCUCACUCGAUGAUAGCCAGCUGUGUGCUGCAUUGAACGCGAGUACGACCUCUACCACAACAACGGUAUCUUCGGCGGAUAUUGAGGAACGACAGAGACGACGAGCUUUUGCUCAUUUUGACUGUCGUUCGUUGACGGCGAAUUUGGGAUAUGCGGCGAAAUUGCGAGGUUUUCUUUUGGAGCGCCGCCGUAAUACUACUACAGGAGCUUCAGCAGCGGCAACGUAUGGAACACGGUCAUCUACACCCGAUGGAGAGAGUGUAGACGAAGACUAUGGUGAUGGUCAACAGAACGAACUGUUGGAGAACUGUCCCUUCUUCCGAAAUGAGAUUGGCGGCGAGGAGGAGCGUGAAGUUAGCCUAACAAGAAUGGCAUCUUCAACGACGACAACCUCCGGUGGAGCUGGAAGCGGACAGCAACGGCGAGCUAUUCACCGACCAGCACUUGCGUACGGUGUGUCUGUGUUGGAAUGUGGCGCUAACGAUACUUUGUGGAAAGGCUACACCUGCCCGUACCAGAAAGGACCUCGUCCAAUCGAACAGAUAGAUAACGGUGCACUCUACUACCGACAGCACUUCUUCGGUCAAGAUCACCAAAACUGGUUCGGUAUGGACGAGCAUCUCGGGCCGGUGGCAAUCUCGAUCAAGAAAGAAAAGAUCAACCCAACGCCAGUGCAAACACUCGCACUACACGGCUCAGACGUAGCGCCAACGACGACGCAUCCAGCCGAACAGUACCUGUACCGGUUGAUUGUGCGCACCUCGGAGCUGCUAACGUUGCGCGGUUCGGUUAUCGAGGACUCGAUCCCGAAUGCACGCGGUGCCGGUAAGCACGCCAAUACCAAAGAGAUUCUGGAGUACGUUGCGCCGGAAGUACAAAUAGGAUGCUUGCGAUUGGCCGUCAGCACGCCCCAGUGUGAGCAACAGUUGUUGAAGCUGGACGAGCAAGGACUCACCAACAAGUACAAGGUGGGCAUCCUGUACUGCCGGGCUGGGCAAUCCUCCGAGGAGGAUAUGUACAACAACGAGGAGGCAGGUCCGGCGUUUAACGAGUUCCUCGAUACCAUCGGACGGCGGGUGCGGUUGAAAGGCUUCGAGCACUAUAAGGCUGGGUUGGACAAUAAGACGGACUCGACAGGGACGCAUUCGCUGUAUGCGACACAUCAAGACUGUGAGGUGAUGUUUCACGUGUCGACGAUGCUACCAUUCACUCCGAACAAUCGGCAACAGUUGCUCCGCAAGCGUCACAUCGGUAAUGACAUCGUAACGAUCGUGUUCCAGGAACCGGGCGCACUUCCGUUCACACCGAAAAACAUCCGCAGCCAGUUCCAGCACGUGUUUGUGAUUGUGCGUGCGGUUAAUCCUUGCAGCGAUCAUACCCAGUACCGGGUGGCAGUAUCACGCUCGAAGGAUGUGCCGGUGUUUGGUCCGCCUGUGAAGGCUGGUUCGCAUUACCCGCGUGGAAAGCAGUUUGCUGACUUUUUGCUUUCGAAGGUGAUUAAUGCAGAAAAUGCGGCACAUCGAUCGGUAAAGUUUGCAAUGAUGGCAAUUCGAACGCGCCAAGAGUACCUUAAAGAUUUGGCUACCAACUACAGCACGGCAACGGUGGUUGAAACGGGGCAACGGUUUUCAAUCUUCCCGAGCAAAAAACGCGAACGUCCAACAAAGCCACGCUUCUCUGGCGAUCUUUCACAACGGGGUGCUUUCUGUUGGCAGGUGGUACUGCAUGAUAGUGGCCAAUCGACACAUGUGGAUUGUUUCUUGGGCAUCUCAGCGGAAACUUUCGUACUGAUUGAGGAGUGUACGCGACAAAUUAUCUUUGUAACGCCGUGCCGUGCCAUUCUCGGAUGGUCGACGAGCCAGAAUGCACUGCGUGUAUACUACCAUCAGGGUGAGUGUGUGACGCUUAAUAUGCGCGAUACGGGCGAUCGCGACGAGCAGCUAGAGGUGAUCGAACGGUUGCGUGCCGUGACGAAUGGGUGUGGUGCGCUUGAGCUUAGCCUGCGACGAAAUCCGAUGGGACAGCUAGGAUUCCACGUGCAGCCGGACGGUGUAGUGACGCAGGUGGAAAUUUCGGGCCAAGCAUGGGCCGCUGGACUGCGACAGGGAUAUCGUUUGGUGGAAAUAUGCAAGGUUGCUGUAGCCACGCUGUCACACGAUCAGAUGGUUGAUCUGCUGAAGACUUCCGCACAGGUUACGGUGACGGUGAUUGAGUCGUUUGCAGACUUUACUCCGAGACGUGGAUGUACGCUGCAGAACUGUCGCUUUAAUUCGAUCAACUACGAAAGCGAAUACGACAAUAUGCUACUGGAUGGUGGCAGUAAUAAGAAUGCUACUAGCGGACAAAGUGGGGGCAACAAUAGUACCAGCAGCAGCAAGAAAGUGAUCCCAGGUGGUCAACUUCAAUCGUCUGCCAGUCAUCGACGUCGCUAUGAGCGCAACUUUUCUCCACCGCGAUCGAGCAAUAGUUCGGGAUAUGGAACGGGAAGUAGUAGUCGAUCGUUUACGGCAGCAGUCGGUGCUACUGGUCAGCAGGUAGCUGCAGUAGCUCAGCCGAACGGGCCUGAUAUGGGCACACUGACGUCAUCUUCCAGUGGACACUCGUCGAACGAUGAGCGUUGGUACGAUGUGCUUGAUCCACCGCAAGAAGCAUCCACCAUAAUGGUGGGUCCUUCUUCGGUCGCUUCCGAUCCGAGUGUUAACUACCAUCAUCCAAAGCUGACCGCUUCGAGCAAUUCGCUUCCACUGGCUGGGUCCAGUCCACGGCCACUUUCUCUGCACAAUGACAGUAGUGGACAGUCACCGUCACGCAGCAACGGAGGCGGAGGUCAAGCAUCGUCGGGUCAAUCGGUAGGACGCGAUAAUUCAGCCAACAUUGCGAUGUUGAAGCGGCUCAUCAUAGCUGAUUCGGCGAAUGGAGCUGUAGAAGGAAACGGAGCACUACAACAGCAACAUAACCAUGCGGAACCUUUGUAUAGUAGUUCGUUGAAGAAUCUUUCCAAUCAUCACCUGCUGAUGACUGCCGGUGCUGGUAGUAAUCACACGGAAGAGGAUGAUCUUUCGCGACACAACUCACCACAGUUACGCCGUUCAGCUACGACAACAAAUAUAUAUGGAAUCAAUGGCAAGAAAGCGAACGGUGGUGUAGCAACUUGCUCGGGUAGUAGUGCAUCGAGCAGCCGGAACAAUAGUCCACGUCCGAAUGGAACUGGAGAAACGGCAAAGCUACGCAGUGGAGCUGCAUUGAAAGGUGGAGCACAACAUCAUCCGCAGCGGAAUAGUGUAAACUACACGACCGGAAGUACACUGCAGGAAGAUCUGAUGAAGUUGAUUAAUCCGGACUAUAUUGCAAACGAUGAUAACUUCAACUCGGGCGGCAUGGAGCGUAUGCAGAAAGGACAUCACAAUAGUCAUAGUCUUGGGAACAUUGCCAGUCUGGCUGGUGGAUUGAAACCGAUACCGCAGAAGAGUCGCUCACGGGAGGGCGUUAAUCUUGGCUCUAAUCAGCAGCUUUCGGCCGCAAAUGGAAACGGACUUAAGUUGGCUAAUGGCGGUGGUGGAGGAGGCGGUGGUUCGAACAGUCCAAGUAAUGGUGGUGGUGAGGAAGAUGUCAUCUUUACAACCGCUCGUCCAGCGACGGUCAUUUCGUCGACUACAUCCAAUAGCUCCAGUCCGGCUAGUGAGCUGCUUGGAAAGCAUCAUAUGAAUGAGGAUCAUUUGAAGAUGUCACCUAGCAGGAAGCAGCAACAGCAGCAGUUUGUUAAUGGCGGUAUCUUGAAGAAUGGUGGAGGGAAAAUUCCACUGCCGGACAUGAAGGAGAUGGAUUGGAGCAGUCUGGUGGACACCGCAACCAAAGCAAUGACACAAUUAUCGGAGUCUGUGGCCAAAUCGCAACAUCCAGGAAGCAAUGUGUAUUAUGAUGAUAUCAGCCAGGUGUUGAACGGAGUGCAUAAUCAGCAUCAACUGCAGCAGCAGCAACAGCAGCAAACAGCCCACAAUGGCACCAUGAAUGGUGGUGGUGGUCCAGUUAAUGGAGGUGCUGGUGGAUGUAGCAGUGUUAGCGGUACCGGUAGCAGCAUUGGCAGUGGAGCGGAUCUAUCCUCCUCAACACCGAGUUCGGCUUCUCCAGUUUCCACCGGUAGUAGUAAUGCCGCCCAGCAGCAAGUUCUAAUGGCCCUGCAGAACAGUUCUAGCUUGCCGGAGCUUCAAUCCCAGGUGACGCAGCUUUCCGAUCGAGUACUGCGCGAACAACGGCGCCGACGUUCGCUCGAACAUGCCGUACGACGAUUGACGGAAGAAAACAGACGUCUGCAGGAUGAAAGCCAGGCAGCGGUGCAGCAGUUGCGUCGGUUUACUGAAUGGUUUUUCCAAACGAUCGAUCGACAAUCGUAA